AUGACUGUGGGUCCUCAUGAGCCCCAGUGGCGCCAAUGUGGCGCCUGCACUGCUGCUGAUAAUUCACUCCGCGCAGGCUCUACUACCUCCGAUUCGUCCAUCCACCAUCCUAGCCAGAAGCAGACUGACUACCAACAACAGAUGCUGACCUACCACCCUGCCACACACAGUCAACGAAGCAAACAAAGUAAUGGAGGUCCUGGCCUGCGUUUGGCGGACGGGCGAGCAACGCGAGAUCGGCUACGCCGGCCGUCGGGAACGGCUCCUUUGGCGUCGUCUUCAGCGCUCAACUCGUCGUUGGAUCCGUCCAUCCCUCUGGCAAAGAAGAGGUUGCGAUCAAGAAAGUCUUGCAAGAUAAACAAUUCAAAGUCCGUCGCAUCCUUCUCCUCGUUCCCCCCAGACCUGCUCACCUGUAUCUAUGCACGGCCCCAGAAUCGAGAGUUCCGAAUUAUGAAACUGCUGAUCCAUCCAAAUGUCGUCGAUCUACGUGCUUAUUUCUAUUCGAGUGGAGAUAAGAAACCGGACGAAAGCAUCAGAUCGAUCACCACCGACCCGGUCGAUCAGACCUAUUGGCUCUAUUCGGAACAAUCCAUAUUCGAGCUGGUCGUCAAAAAUGAAGGCCGAGAUAUCUGGAAGGUCUAUCUAGCCCGCAAAGAUUGCGAGAAAGCGUUGAGUCAUGUGGAUAUGGCCAUCGACCGGGACAAGAUCUUGGUCAGCCAGGCCGAUCAUUACCUCCAAACCGGCAAACACAUCUCUGCCGCCCAGAUCUAUGCCCAGUGCUCAAAGCCCUUCGAGGAGGUCGUCCUGGGCUUCAUCGACCGCGGCGAGCGAGAUGCACUGCGGUACUAUCUGAUCAGCCGUCUUGAGCGGCUCAAACGCCAGGAUCUGACUCAGCGGAUGAUGCUGGCGACUUGGUUGACGGAGAUCUAUUUGGCUAAGAUCAACGAACUGGAAGUUCUCGUCGGCGCGGAUCCUUCGGCUGCUGAUCAGACUGCCAAUAUCGUCGUCGAGCAACAGCUGAUCGAAGACGAACUGCAGCAGUUCUUGAGGACUUACAAAAUUGAGAGCCUUACUUUUUCUCCCGGACGGCGGGGGGCAAAGCGCAAUGAAGUAUUUUUGAACUUGGUGAUUGAGGAUGUGCCUGAAACCGUGUACCGGGCCUCCUGCCACUACUCCAAAUUAAAGCAGGUCAUGCCGAUCUUGAACAUCAAGCUAUACGUCUAUCAGCUCUUGCAAUCGCUAGCCUACAUCCACUCGCUUGGAAUAUGCCAUCGAGAGAUCAAGCCUCAGAACUUGUUAUUAAACCCCUCGACCGGAGUGCUCGAGUUGUAUGGUUUCGGAUCGGCAAAGAUCUUGGUGGCUGGAGAACCGAACGUCAGUUAUAUAUGUUUGAGGUACUACCGAGCACCAGAGCUGAUUUUUGGGGCAACCAACUACACCACUAACAUUGUCUCUCCCUCCCUUAUUUUUCUGUCCGCGUGA